AUGAUUGUUCCAGUUAGAUGUUUCUCUUGUGGGAAAGUUGUUGGUGACAAAUGGGAGAGUUACUUGAACAUGUUGCAAGAAGAUGAGCUCGAUGAAGGUACUGCUCUAUCUCGUCUUGGUCUGAAGAGAUACUGUUGUAGAAGAAUGAUUCUAACACAUGUUGAUUUGAUUGAAAAGUUUUUGAGAUACAACCCAUUGGAAAAGAGAGAUUGA